AUUUUUACUUCAAUGGCUGAAUAUCUCGCUAGUAUCUACGGUACAGAAAAGGACAAAGUUAAUUGUUCCUUUUACUUCAAAAUUGGCGCCUGUCGUCAUGGCGAUCGUUGUUCUAGAAAGCAUGUCAAACCUACUUUUUCACAAACAUUAUUGAUUGCCAACAUGUACAAAAACCCUGCUCAUGAUCCCAAUUUCCAUCUCACUGAAAAUCAACUGCAGGAAGAUUUUGACUUAUUUUAUGAAGAUGUUUUUAUGGAAUUAGCCAAGUUUGGCGAGAUUGAGGAAAUGGUUGUAUGUGACAAUGUAGGAGAUCAUCUCGUGGGCAACGUAUAUUGUCAAUACAGACUAGAGGAGUCGGCAGGUAAUGCUGUUGAAAGUCUCAAUAAUAGAUUCUAUGCAGGACGUCCUUUAUAUGCUGAGUUAUCACCGGUAACUGACUUUAGGGAAGCAUGCUGUAGACAACACGAAAUAGCCGAGUGUAACCGUGGAGGCUUUUGUAACUUUAUGCACUUGAAGCAUCCUUCACGUCAGCUAAGAAGAGAAUUAUAUGAAGGGCAACGGUUGGAUGUUAGAGAAAGAAGACGUCGUGAAGAAGAAGAAAGAAGGAUGAGGCGUGAGGAAGAAGAGAGAAGACCAAAGAGAGUAGAGGCGAUAGAUGACGCGUAUGGUCGUUUUACGUAAAUACAUUUUACGUUUCUAAAUGUCAAAAAAAAAAAUACCAUUAAAGAACCGAAACUUAACUUUUAUAAAAGACAUUAUCAUUGAAUCCCAAAUCACCUACAAAGGUUCAAUAAACAUUACAAGCUUGUUUUUUUAAUGGAAGAUGCUGCUAUGAGUCUCCUUGUUAUUUCUUACGUAAUAAGAGCAUAGUAGCGUCUUACUGGCCUCUGUAAGUUUAUAAAAUUAACAGGAAAGGGC